AUUUUCAGUUUCAGAAUUACAUUUUUUAGAGAUGGCUUCCAGCUCGACCGCAUAUUAUCUGAAAGACGCCGGAUUCCAUAUUCGCAAUAUUCCGAAAGCUUGGAAUGAUUGGAACUUGUUCCAUGUCUUCCAAAACUUUGGAAAAGUCAGUUAUUGCCGUGUUGUUGGACAAUCCAACGAUGGUCAAGUUCAAUUGGGAUUUGUGAACAUGAUGUCGGUAGCAGAUGCUGAUGAAGUUCGCAAGAAUUUGAACGACGGAAAUCUGAUCGGCGAAAAUUUCACGUUGAAGGUUACCGAUCAUAAGAACGUCGGAGGAUCUCUUCUCCCAAUGGCUUCCAAUUCCGUUCAGAAGCUUGUAUCAUCUCCACCAUCGAAAAGCGGACCAGUUCUUCUAUCAUCAUCCUGGCUUCCACUCAACAAGGAUAUCGAGGUCGAAGUUGUCGACUAUCUUCCAUCCUCAUCAGUGGCUCCAGAUCUUUUCGCGUUGACUCUUCUCCGCAUAAAUGAUUCGUCAAUGAAAGAAAAAUAUGAUUCAAUGCACGAGAAAAUGAACGCGUAUGCUCAAAUUGUUCCAUUCGAUUCGGAGCUCGAAAUUGGCUACGAUGGAGUCUUCCGUGAUGCUCCCCGUUCCGUUCGACGCGUUCGACGCAUCUCAGCCACCAAGCUUUAUCUCGUUGAUUUUGGAAAAAUUAUCAAUUAUGAGAAGGCAAAAUGCUUCCAAUUGCCAAAAGUUUUCCAGUCGAUGCCGACAAGGGUUUCCUUGUGUGGACUAGAUGGUCUUACCUGGUCACCAGUCGCCAUUCCAUCAUUUGAUAAUAUUCGCGAGGUUGUUAAAAAAUGGGGACAAAUGGAAAAUUCGACGCUUCACGCCAUGGCUUGUGGAUUUCAAGGCUCUAUUAACAUGAUCAAUCUGUUCUGUGGAAAAUCGAUUCUUGCUGACCGUCUUCAACGUAAAGGUGUCUGUGAAUACUUGCCACGCAGUCAGCAGCCACACUAUGCAUACUCCCGCGAGACUCUUCUUCAGCACAAUAAUUCUGGAGUGACUGCUCAAAUUUCGAACGAUGCUGAUGUCGUCAAAGAUCUACUCAAGAAGAUUGAUGGAGUGAAGAACAUGCUCCGUGAGCUCGAGCUGUAAAUCUGUCCCAUUUUUUUUGUCGAAAUUACAUUGAAUCUAUGAUGUUGUCAAAAAAAUGAACAUUUUAAUUCAG